UCGAGGAGGCUCGAGGCUGCGGGAAGGUGUCCCGCAGAACGACAGAUCCUCGCAGCUCCACAGAUCCCGCGUGUGCAUUCGCCUAGACCUCCUCUACCAAGCCUACCGCAGAGCAUCCCUCCGCGCAUCGCCCGCCCCGAAGUUGGCCGCUGGAAGGCUGUGGCCCCUCGGUCUGGAACCCGCGGCCAGGGAAGCCCGGGGAGUCACGGUACCAGGGGCGGGCCGGGGCGGCGGGAUGAGCCGGCGGGCAGGCUGAGUGCGCCGAGGAGCCGGUCCAGCCACCGCGGGGGACAUGGUUUCCAGGUGAUGAUGAUGGUGCUGGUCCAGAGACCACAUGCUGAAAAAUCACUGCCCCAGGGUGUGUCCUCGCCAAGACGUGUGGAGCUGGCCCGGCCACCCCUGUGUACCUAGAGAAGAAAGCCGCGGCAGCCAACCUCCUUUUGAACUGGCAUCUUGGCUCUGGAGAAAGCUGCGAGGCAAGAGGCGGUUGGUGAUGGCAUUCUGCCUCUUAAUGACUCUGUCCGUGGUGACUGUCACCCACUUCCCCCCACAGCACCCAGCCACCAGCCCAGACCCUGGUCCCAUGGAGCCCCAGGGGGUAACUGGCGCCCCUGCCCCCCAGAGCCGGCAGGCUCUGAGCUCCAGCUGGAGGCAGCGGACGAGAAACCUGAGGUUCCGGAGAGGCUGGGCCUUGCCCGGGAGUUCCAUCCUGGUGUGUGCUGAGGAGCAAGGCCAUAGAGGGAGCGUGGACAGCAGCAGGCAGUCCCCAGGCAGGGACAGCAGGCAUCCAGGGAGGGUCAGGAGGGAUGUUACUUUGGCUCCUCCAGGAGAUUUGAGACUCAGUGCCCGGCGUCUGGUGCUCCUGAGGGAGGAUGAGGUCAGCAGUCCGGGAACCAAAGACGUGGACCCUCCUUGGCACAACGGUCCCCUCCGGGAGGCGCAGAGAGAGACAGGCACCACAGAUGGCCCCCUUGCAGGGCACGACAUGGCAGUGUUACAGACCUGGAGAGCUCCUGCCGGACUGACCCUCCGGCCUCAUCCAGCGGAAGGCAGGGAUCUGUCAGGAGCAGAGAACAGAGCCUUGACUGGUGGACGACAAGCAGGGGGUCCCGCCCCAGCCACAGGGGCUCAUCGGUGGCCUGGCUCUGUUGGGGACCUGCAAGGAUCUGUCUGGUGUGACGCUGAGACCCCUGGGCUGUCAAAUGGCUUGAGGACCGGCGAGCAGGUCCCCCCGUGGCUCACAGAGCAGGAUGUGCAGACCCUCCAGCUGCUGGCCCAGGGGGAGGUGGUGGGCAAAGCCAGGGUCCCCGGCCACGGGCAGGUGCUGCAGGUCGGCUUCUCCACCAAGGGUGCCCUUCAGGACAUGUCUCCUGGGCUCAGCCAGCUCUGCUCCCGGGGACUCUGUGGCCUGAUCAAGAGGCCCGGGGACCUGUCCGAGGUCCUGUCCUUCCACGUGGACCGGGUGCUGGGCCUGCGCCGAAGCCUACCUGCCGUGGCCAGGCGCUUCCACAGCCCCCUGCUGCCCUACCGCUACACGGACGGUGGCGCAAGGCCUGUCAUCUGGUGGGCGCCCGACGUGCAGCACCUGGGUGACCCGGAAGACGACCAGAACUCUCUGGCCCUGGGCUGGCUGCAGUACCAGGCCCUGCUGGCACGUGGCUGCAGCCGGCCGGGUCAGGCCCCAUGCCUGGGCAUCCACCACGCCGAGUGGGCACGCCUGGCACUCUUCGACUUCCUGCUGCAGGUCCAUGACCGCCUGGAUCGCUACUGCUGCGGCUUCGAGCCCGAGCCCUCAGACCCCUGUGUGGAAGAGAGGCUCCGGGAGAAAUGCCGGAACCCAGGGGAGCUGCGGCUGGUCCACAUCCUGGUCCGGAGCAGUGAGCCUUCUCAUCUGGUCUACAUCGAUAACGCCGGCAACCUUCAGCACCCGGAGCACAAACUGAACUUCCGGCUGCUGGAGGGCAUUGAUGGGUUUCCUGAGUCUGUUGUGAAAGUUCUUGCAUCAGGGUGUCUACAGAAUAUGCUGCUCAAGUCACUACAGAUGGACCCAGUGUUCUGGGAAAGCCAAGGCGGGCGACAGGGCCUAGAGCAGGUCCUCCGGACCCUGGAGCGGCGAGGACAGGUCCUGCUGAGCCACAUCCGGAGACACAAUCUGACACUCUUCAAGGACGAGGGCCCGUAAGCCCCCUGCCUCAUUGCAGGGGGAAGAAGCGGGGGCAUCUCACGACACGACUUGAAUGGAUUAACUCCCAUCCUCACGGCCACAUUUUCUUGGGUUCACCAAACUUGAAGACAAAAGGGAAAAGCCAGAAAUCAGGAGGGCACCCUCAAAGCCAUCACUUAGGGUUUUGGUUUAAGAAUUAUAAAAGUAAUACAUGCUCACUAAAACAAAGUCAUAAGUAAUAGAAGCAUAUAAGAUAAAAAGUGAGUCCUAGAAAUGCCCUACAGAUGUGAUGUGUAUUUUAUUCACACUCACACUACAUGCAAAUGAAGCUGUAAUAAAGUAGGAUAUCUUUGUGUGUCAAUUCACUAUUUGUACUUUACUAGAUUUACUAUGUUCUGUAUCCGCCAUCUGGGUUGACUCAAUUCUUAUCCAUGACUGCACGGAACUCCCAGGCAGGGAUGUGUCAUAUUUCAUUUAGUUUCUCACCUUAUGAUGAGCAUUUCGAUGGCUCUAACUUUUCAUCAGUUCUGGACAAUGCCUGCAUGAACAUCUCUGCAGGAUGUGGAAGUAUUUCUGCUAGCUACGUUUCCAUGAGUGGGCUUCUGCAUCAAAGAGUAUGGGCAUUCCUUAUUUUCAGAGAGACUGCUAAAUUCCCUUCCAAAAGGUGAUGUCAGUGUACACUCCUACCCAGAGGGUAGGGGACUAAUUGUUUCCCUACACCUCACCAACACUCACUAUUCUCAAACUUUUUGUUUUUGUUCAUCCGAUAGGGAAACCUAUUUUUAAUUUUCACUUUUUAUUGAAGUAUAGUUGAUUUACAAUACUGUGUUCAUUUCAUGUAUACUGCAAAGUGAUGCAGUUAUAUAUACAUUUUUUUUUCAGAUUAUUUUCCAUUAUAGGUUAUUACAAGAUAUUGAAUAUUGUUCCCUGUGUUAUACAGUAAAUCCUUGUUGCUUGUAUGUUUUAUGUGUAAUAGUUUGUACCUGUUAAUUCCAAACGCCUAAUUUAUCCCUCCCCAUCCCCUUUCCCCUUUGGUCACCCUAAGUUUGUUCACUAUGUCUGCGAGUCUGUUUCUGUUUUGUAUAUAGAUUCUUUGUAUUAUUUAUUAGACUCCACAUAUAAGCGAUAUCAUAUAAUAUUUGUCUUUCUCUGGCUUACUUCACUCACUAUAAAAUU